AUGGCUUCCAACAGUACGCGGUGGGGCAUAAUGGGCGCUAGUCGAAUUGCUCACGAUUUCAUGGUGGCAUUAAAAACAUUACCAGAAAUCGAACACACAGUAGUUGCAGUAUCCUCUCGUUCCCUAGAGAGAGCAACUGAAUUUGCAGUGAGACAUAAAAUCGCAAAAGCAUACGGUUCUUACAAAGAACUCGCGGAAGACGAAGAUGUGGAGGUUGUUUAUGUCGGUACUAUCCAUCCAGAGCAUGCACCGCUUUGUAAACUGGCACUUAGUCACGGAAAGCAUGUCCUUUGUGAAAAACCCAUUACCCUGAAUCUUAAGAACACCAAGGAAUUGUUUGAUCUGGCGAAGGUGAAAGGACUUUUCAUUAUGGAGGCACUAUGGACAAGAUUUUUUCCACUUUAUGCGGAAGUUAAGAACCUGGUAGACUCAAACAUUCUCGGAGAGAUUCGAGUUGCUAUGGUUUCUUUUGGAAUAAGCGCAGAUCAUGUAGAACGCUUACAAGACCCUGCCAUGGGUGGAGGUGCACUUCUGGACGUAGGAAUAUAUUGUUUGAAUAUUGUUGAUAUGAUAUUUGGUGGUCAAGAACCUACAAGUAUAUCUGCCAUGGGUCAGAAAACACCAGCUGGUGUAGAUUCGACGGUAACAAUAACAAUGCUUUAUGCAGAAAACAGAACAGCUUCAUUAACCAUAAGCAUGGCUGCUCAGCUUCCAAAUGAAGCUGUAUUUGCAGGAUCACAGGGAUCACUUACAAUUCAUUCACCAUUCCAUUGUGCAACCAAAUUUACAUCACCAGCUGGAACAAAAGAAUACCCUUUACCAAAGCCCAGUAUGCCUUUGAAUUUUGUGAACUCUACAGGAAUGAGAUAUGAAAUUGAAGCUGUCAGAAAAAGUUUAUUGUCUUCUGAAACACAGAACUCCACCAUGCCCUGGAGUACAACUGAAAGAAUUUUUCGUUGGAUGGAUGAGAUUCGCCGACAACUUGGAGUUGUUUACAAAGAAGACAUUUAGAAAGACCUUUUGGGUUUCCUUGGAAACAAGAAUCCUCUGUACCCACCCACCC